GUGCUUGUGAGGAGGAAGGGGAUGCAUUCCUGGAAUUCCCCAGCUCAGGAACUAUUUCCAAUCAAUUUCCUGGUAGUUAAAACACUUCCUUGGCACCCUUGUUGUCAUUUGUUGAAGAAAUGUGGGCCAGAGGAAACACUAGAGAUGCUGGAAUCGGGUGUCUAGAAAGGACACAAAACUGCCUUGUGGCAAUGACAUAAUUUUUGUCAACUUUAGUUUCUUAUCUAUCUCAAAGUAUUAUAGUGAGAAUUCCAGGAGAGACACUCAGAGGAUCAUGUGGUGGGCCUUAGAUUUCAUUCAUUUGUGUAAUGAGUGUUGAGCAACUGCAGUUGGGUGGCGUGACUGAUGGUUGGAUGAAUAAGGUGAAGAUCUGGACGCCAGGACUGGCUUUCUCAUGCAAUUCCGUGAUCGGGGGCGGGUCGCGAGAUAGGUGCCACGUGCAGCUACCCAAGAUUCUGCACCUACCCGGGAUUUGACUGCCGUCCACGCGAGUUUGGCACGCCGGAUGUGACGUCACCGCCCCGUGGUUCCCGGAGCCUGGCGGUGGGACCGGAAAUCAAGUCUACAAGGGGGCACAGAUGACCGGAAGCGUGCCCGGGCGGCGCUGCCAGCCCCGGCUAGGAGCUGGUAGGGGAGUGCGAGGAAGGCGGGACGCAAGGCGGAGCCGGUGCAGGGGCGGGGCCUGCGGGCAGGCGCCGGGGGUUGGGGCGGGAACCCCUCGUCCCCUCUAGACCCCGCCUGCUUGGGCGCGGGCGGCGGCGCGGCCAUGAAGCUGAAGCUGAAGAACGUGUUUCUCGCCUACUUCCUGGUGUCGAUCGCCGGCCUUCUCUACGCGCUGGUACAGCUCGUGUCUGCUUCCUCCGCUAAACUGAAAGCUCGAUGAGGGCAGGGACUGUGUCUGUCUUGUUCCCUGCUGUAUCCUCAGCACCUAAGGCAGUGCCUCCUAGGAAGAGUAUUCAAUAAAUAUUUAUCCUACAAUGGAAUCAAUGAAUUUAACAAUGAGUCUUUGGUCACCCAGCCAAGGGAAUGGAUCGAACCCUGCCCCUUAUGCAAAGAUUUAGGGACAGUGCCACUGCGUUAUCCUCAGGCCAGCCAUGUGACUGCCUUCCUCCCCUGCGGGCAGCAGCCGAGCAGCUACGGCAGAAGGAUCUGAGGAUUUCCCAGCUGCAAGCGGAACUCCGACGGCCACCCCCUGCCCCUGCCCAGCCCCCUGAACCCGAGGCCCUGCCUACUAUCUAUGUUGUUACCCCCACCUAUGCCAGGCUGGUACAGAAGGCAGAGCUGGUACGGCUGUCCCAGACACUGAGCCUGGUGCCCCGGCUGCAUUGGCUGCUGGUGGAGGAUGCUGAGAGUCCCACCCCGCUGGUCUCAGGGCUGCUGGCUGCCUCUGGCCUCCUCUUCACACACCUGGUGGUCCUCACACCCAAAGCGCAGCGGCUUAGGGAGGGCGAGCCUGGCUGGGUUCAUCCCCGUGGUGUUGAGCAGCGGAACAAAGCCCUGGACUGGCUCCGGGGCAGAGGAGGUGCUGUGGGUGGGGAGAAGGACCCACCACCACCAGGGACCCAAGGAGUCGUGUACUUUGCUGAUGAUGACAACACCUACAGCCGGGAGCUGUUUGAGGAGAUGCGCUGGACCCGUGGUGUCUCAGUGUGGCCUGUGGGGCUGGUGGGCGGCCUGCGAUUUGAGGGCCCUCAGGUACGGGACGGCCGGGUAGUAGGCUUCCACACAGCGUGGGAGCCCAACAGGCCCUUCCCUGUGGAUAUGGCUGGAUUUGCUGUGGCCCUGCCCUUGCUGUUAGCUAAGCCCAAUGCCCAGUUUGAUUCCACUGCUCCCCGGGGCCACCUGGAGAGCAGUCUUCUGAGCCACCUUGUGGAUCCCAAGGACCUGGAGCCACGGGCUGCCAACUGCACUCGGGUACUAGUGUGGCAUACACGGACAGAGAAGCCCAAGAUGAAGCAAGAGGAGCAGCUGCAGCGGCAGGGCCGGGGCUCAGACCCAGCAAUUGAGGUGUGAUGGCGGCCCCACCCCAACUACCACCUCUUUUCAGGCACAGACCUUGUGGGACUGUGCCCCAGGCCUGCCCAGGAUGUGGUUUUCCAAGUCCUGAUCCCUUGGAGCCAGAAGUGGCCCCUCUGCCCCUCUAGGCCCAGGGCAUGGUCCUGCUGCUUCACCCCUCCCCCAGCCUGCCAUGUGGCACUGCCCACAGGCUGGGGACAAGCAGCCCUUGUAUUGAGCCAGGUUGGCCUUGUCUAGGGUGGAACAAAAGGACCCAGGAGGGAGGGCAGCUGACUAACUGGGUAACUUAUUGGGGCUGGGCAUGCACUAGGGGGCUGGAGGAGCUGGGCUGGACCCUCCCCACCUGAGCAUGCUGACCCCUUUCCUACCUCCAGAAUAAAGAAUCUCAACCUGGA